ACAAGGCUUAUUACUGAGUGCUAGGCUAGCCAGGUUUGAUCUUGCUCAGGAUUGUAUUAAUAAGAAGCUAGCUGUAUUCUUCAAGAUGAAAACAAAUGCAGUGAUCCGUUUGAUGUCAGUGCUGUCUAUUUGUAUCCAGAUGGUACAAAGUCAGGCAAACAAGCCGGAGAUCACCGCUAAUGAUUUCCAAGCCAAAAUCACCACUAAUUCUGUAAUACUGAAGCAGCCACAUUGUAAAUUUAACCAGAUAUGCACUCCAGAUAACUGUGAGAUAUGGCUGGUGCCAUCGCUAUCCACAGCAAUCAAUAAGUUUGAAUUGGACAGCGCAAAACCCGACAUCCUCAGCCUGUCACCUUACCCAUCAGCAUUCAUUGACCAGCUGUCAAAAAACUACUUUCUAACCAAAGUUGGAUUUCUGAAAGAUUUCCCCUGCAGUGGCUUAUCAGAUACUCUCUACUUCGUUGUCGGAGCAGAUGGAAAUUGCACUACCACCAACUGUAAUGGAGUAUUACCUGUUGGAUCCACUGUUAGAUUCAAGUAUGUUCUUGUGGAUGGAAACAGCAAGAUAAUUAUUAGUCAAACAGACUGGUCUGACGAAAUCCCUCUUUACAAAUCAAAAGACCCUCAAAGCAUCAAUGAUGGUCCAAAUAGGAGAUCUCCUACCAUGAUUGUCAUUAUUGCCAUCCUCUGUGCGGCUGUGGGUCUACUUUUGCUCUUUUUCUUUAUCAUGCUAUGCUUAGUCUGCUGUAGCAGAAAAGACUCCAAGCCCAUCACAGUUAUGAACUCAUUUCGUAUGCCCCGCUAUGACGUCCAUAACCUGAAGAACUCAGUGCAUCCCUACGACAAUCCUGCCUAUGAAUCAGAGGGGAAAAAGUAUACCACAUCUGACACUGUGCCCAGGUCUGGAGUACUUCAGACUUCUGAUGGCAUAAAGCUAUAAAAACUGUGAGCUUCCAAAGACACCAUCAAUGCAUUAGGUAAACCGGGAAAACAAAACUACUAUGCAGUGUUUUCUCUUUCAAUACGUCUAAUAGAAAAAUAAAGAAGAGCGGAUAGACUGUUUUAAACAGUAUGAUGACACUCUUAAAAAUAAAUAUUACAGUUAGAAUCAAAAAGGGUUUAAGAGCCUGAUGGCAUAGUAGGACAUUUUUAAGUGCCACAAAAAGCAUUUUAUUCUCUAGUUCAUGUUCUGUUGCUUUAAAGAACCCAGAAACUAAAACACUGAUCUGAAGUUUUUUUUUAAUCUCCAAAGAACUAUAGAACAAACAAACAGCAAAUCAUAGUUCUUGAUAAACCCAAGGUGCCGCAAAGAACCAUAAAAUAAAUUUAUUUUGAAAAGUUAAAUAGAUAGGACGUGAGGAAAGUUCAAAUUGUGGCAUUAAUUGUAUAACACUCAAAUUGUGCAUGUAUGUUACAUUGCUGUCUGUCUAUCAAGUGCUUUUUGAAAAAAUGGCACUUUUAUAAACGCUGACGACAUCAGAUUUUGUCCUGUAGAACUUUUUCUUGCAUGUUGAAUAAUGUAACCAGAAUGGCUUUGUUGAAAGCAUAUUUGUAUCCAUUAUCUUUUUCCAAAUGUGUAUGUAAACUCUUGUGACUUCAGCAUUGUUUAAUGAUCAAAGGUCAAAUAAAUAAAUAAAAACGUCCACAAAACACACUUACUACAUUGAGUGCCACAUACAGAUGUGGUUCACUAGAUGGUGCUCUUUAGUGACAAAGCAAAUAUGUCCAACAGUUACAGUCAUUUUAAUGUUUCCUAGUGGGGAGUUGACAAAUGAUGAAGACAUUUGUAGACAUAUUUAUUUAAGAUAACACUUAUAGGUGAAAAUUGUACUGGUGUAGCCUAGCACAUAUCUUAGUGACAAUGUUGCCAUACAUUUAGGCAAGGGUCAACAAAAUUAACUGAUUUGUGUUUUGUUUUUGUUUUGCUGUUGAGAUUUUGCUGAAAAGUCUAUUGUAUGUCUAUUGUAUUCCAGGUUCAAAACAAGUUGAUGAACACAAUCGACACCAUUUUUGGCAUAAUAUUGAUUAACACAAAAAUUUUGUGACUCAUCCCUCCUAUUCGUUUUUAAAAAAAAGAGCAAAAAUCGAGGUAACAGUGAGACACUUACAAUGGAGGUGAAUGGGGGCCAAUCCAUAAACGUAAAAAUAUUCACUAGAUAUUUUUAGACACAAGACAUAAACAAUAUGUGUGUAAACAUGAUUUUAGUGUGAGAUAAUCACUUACUAACCUUUUCUAUGUAAAGUUGUUGUCAAUUUUACAACUCCGUUGCUAUAUGUUGAUGUAAUGUCAACAAACCUUAAAAUGACGAUAAAAAUUAUGAUUUGAACAAAUUUACAGUUCAAAUAAUACAUGAAUUUUAACAAAGAAUUAAUGCAAGUGCUUUUAUAAAAUUAUAAGCUUCCCAUUUCUGCCUUUAAACCCUCCAAUAAUUGGCCCCAUUCACUUCCAUUGUAAGAGCCUCGCUGUAACACACCAUUUUUAAAGAAAAGGAGGGACGAGUUGAAAAAAAAUUGGUUAAAAGAUUUGUGUUGCCACAAAUGCUGUCGGUUAAGCUUAACUUAUCUAUACAGAAAUUACUUUAACUCUCCUUUGGUACUGAAAAAUGGCACCUCCUUUUGGUAUUCACGGUCAUUUUUGACCGCAAGGGUGAUGAUGAUAAUGAUACAAUUUCUUCUUCCCUGAAGUAAGAACAAUAAAAUUAUUUCUUUUGGGAUUUUAUGCUAUUUUCAUCUUAUUUACAUGUACAUUUCUACAUGUUACCAAUAAUUUGCAUCU